ACUACGUUUCAAGAUACACAAAAGCCGGUUUMACAUGUUUUUCAAACAAUGCACACCACUUUUUAUGGAGUGUAAUCUAUAAACAUCUGUUUAGUACAAAAAAAAGACAAACUCUAUGUUAGCCAACUUUGUCGGUUGGCAAAAAAAAAGGAACAAGUACAAGGUAUAAAGUACAAGUUACUUUCAACAUGGUUGUCAUAAGCAUUGCGUUAGCGUUCGUUUUGUUUCGCCUUGCUAUGUGUGAAGAAGUUUUUCGUGCAAGUAAUUCAGGUGUUUUCUCGUUUGGAAACUUCUUUCCUCACAAGGACCACAAGCUUGUUGCAGCGACACUGAAGGACGAAAGAGUCGUGUCUUCUGAUGAAUGCCUAGUUCGAUGCGUCCAAACUCACGGAUGUUUAUCUGUCAAUGUGAACACAACUGGUGAUGACCAAGGCUUDYAUGUGUGUGAGCUCUUGGCUUCUGACAAAUAUGAAAACCAGUCGAAUUUUAGACCAAGCAAAGGGAUUGAUCAUUACAGCAUUGCGAGUCCAUGCGAGAGAAAACCGUGCAAGCAUCGAGGAAAGUGUGUUCCAUUCUAUACAAACCACACCUACAAAUGUGAAUGUCCUGCAGGCACACUGGGACAAGACUGUCAGAUACCAGAUUUUCGCAGCUGCGCACAACGAUUUGCUGCUGGCUACACAAACAGCGGUAUCUACGAAAUCAUUACUCCAGACAAAAACAAGAUCGAUGUUUACUGUGACCAUGGCAACGGAGAAGAUGAUUCAGGCUGGACGAUGGUCUUCAAGGCYGUAAGUGGUGUACCACUACAACAACAAGGUCCUUCAGUAUUAUGGCUGUCAAACUCUCUUCUAGAAUCCUCGUCGUCAGCUUUACCCAUAAACAGCUCGUCCAGACAGCACUACAAGAACAGAAUCGUAGAGCACUGGCAGGCAUUCAAUCCAACACAGGUUCGAUUGUCGUUGUACAAGGACAAGACAGAGGUUGUUCGUUUGGUAUUCAACGCCAAAGGAUCUACCAAGACCAACUGGUUUUCUCGUGAUCGUCUUCUAACAAGUCCCUGGACAGACAUACAUUCCCAGCCUGUCAACUACUUCUCCAUCGCUGGUCAAAUCAGGGAUGGUUUCAGGCGAACCUUUUUCAUAAACAGCAAAUAUUCUGGAUGCCCAACGGAC